AACGACAAAUAGUUCAUUGGCUUUUGUUAGUUUUAAGAAUGUGUCGAUUGCACAAUUUUAGUUGGGUAAUCGACCUUUUAUUAAUUUUGCCAAUUAAUAUUUAUUUUUGGUGAAGUCGGAGCUGCCUCUGACGUAACUCACGUCGAUGAUACCCCAAUACCGACGGUAUACAACCCCAGAAUUUUGGGAGUCACCUUUGACAGCGGCUCUCCUUCUCAGCGCACACAACCGCUAUUGCAACGAGAGUACAGAAUCGCAAGUCGCUCGCCGGCAGCACUUGGGGCAAAGACAAAGAAAUGUUGCUGUCGACUUUCAAAGCAAUAGGCCGACCGGUUCUGAACUAUGCCGCGCCUGUCUGGUCGCCUGGAACCAGUGAUACGCAGUGGACCAAGCUUCAGACCUGCCAGAAUACUGCCAUCAGGACCGCGACAGGAUGUCUCCUGAUGUCCCCUAUCCAACAUUUGCAUGACGAGGCGCACAUGCUCCCGGUUAAGGAGCACAACAAAAUGCUCGGCAAGCAGUUUCUGCUUGGGUGUCACCGUAGGCCUCACCCAUGCAGACACCUACUCGAGCCUGAGCCACCUCCCAGGCACAUCAGGAGACAUUUCCUCAACUACGUGGACGAGAUCCAGGACAAAACGGACAGACCACUCCAGGAUCAGACAGUAUACAGACAGGCAAUUAACGACAUUCAUCGGGAGACCCUUACCACCUUCUUAAGCUCCCGACCCCCGAAUGCCGUUAUCGGAGUCCAACCACCACCUAUCGCAGACGAAGAGCUCCAGUUUCCUCGAGAGUCCCGCGUAAUCUUGGCACAAUUACGUUCUGGAUAUUGUAGCAGGUUAAACUCCUACCUAUCCAGAAUCGGCCCCGACAUACAUAUGUCCAGCAUGUGAAGGUAUCCCGCACGACACUAACCACCUCUUCACAUGCCCCAUCAAACCCACUCAUCUAACACCCCUCUCCCUCUGGACCCAACCCGUCGAAACUGCCAGUUUCCUGGGCCUACCGUUAGAUGAGCUAGACGAAGACGACCGGUAAUUACACUACACUGACAGGGCGAAGAUACUGCUACAACAACAAGAACGACGCCCCCACCAUGGUAGUGGGCAAUUGCAGCAGCUCGCCUGUGGUGCGAUUCACUAACACAUUUUAUCGAUAUUCGCUUUGUUAUCUUUCCUUAACCACAAUUUUUACGAUUUUGCUAUUCAGUAACCCAUUUCAUUACGAAAAUCGACAAGACAAAAUCAGCUGUUUGGUUAACCUGUCGAUUAUCGCGAACUAAACGACAAUAAUUUUGGUGUUGUUAAAUCAAACGAUAAAGAAGAAUUAGUGAUUUUAAUCAAAACUGUGAAAUUAGAUGAAAAAAAACUUAUUUAAAAAGCGUGAGUAUGGCGUUUGAGUAUUUGGCUUACGAUUUAUCGCGUGGAGAGGAGGAAGUGAGCCCUCAAAUAGUUGAUCGAAGUUUGCUCCGGCAUGUGGACAAUCCUUUCGAUUUGGAUGCAGGGGAGUUCCAGAAGUUAUUCCGUUUAACUCCAGACUUGACUGAGGACGUAGUUUCGCAGCUUGACAGCCAUCUUAGAGGUUCCAGAAUAACAGCGAUUUCGACUGAAAAACAGGUUCUAGCUGCACUGCGAUUUUUUGCAACCGGGUGUUAUCAACGACCCGUAGGUGAGCAAUGGGGAAUAUCUAUGAGCCAGUCGUCCGUUAGCCGUAGCAUUCAUCGGGUAACAGCUGCAAUCAACAGCUCCAUGUUUUGCGCAAAGGUGAGAUUUCCCAUGACCCAAGUGGAGCGGCAAGCGGCAAAAGAAAUUUUUGCUUCAGCAACCUCCCCGUUUGUGGGAGGUACCAUUGGAGCUAUCGAUUGCACGCACGUGUCAAUUUUGGCCCCGAAACGUCAUGAAGAAGCGUAUGUCAACCACCACGGCUACCAUUCGCUUAAUGUCCAAAUGAUAUGUGAUCCUACACUUAAAAUUUUAAACGUAAAUGCCAAAUUUCCGGGAGCACGGCACGAUUCAUACAUUUGGAGUUCCUCUGCGGCGCGAAUGGUUAUGCAACGGAAUUUUGAAAUUGGAAACCAUAACUUGUUUUUGAUUGGUGAUUCCGGGUACCCUUUGGAGCCUUUUCUGAUGACUCCUCUAACAAACCAACCGGAAGGUACUCCGAAAUUCUUGUACAAUGAGGCAUUGUGCAAAGCUCGUAACCCAGUUGAGAGACUUUUUGGUGUUCUUAAGGCAACGUGGCGGUGCUUGUCUCAACAAAGGACACUCUUGUACGAUCCAGGAUUUACUGGACAAGUAGUUAACGCGUGCUCAGUUUUACAUAAUAUUCGUUUAAGAGAAGGAAUAUACCAGACCGAAAAUGAAUUUACAGAGCCCAGAACAAACGACAUUUUUGUAAACCAAGAUGCACCAUCCUCAACAGCAAAGCGCAUCCAAGACCGACUGAUUGCUAAUUUUUUUACUUAAAUACUAUUUUCACUCAUAAUCAUUUCGCAUACAUAUCUAUGUGAACACUCGGGUAUAAAAAGUUAAAACAUUUUCAUAUUUAUUGUGAAAACCUUUUACUGAUCAAAAUUACAUGCAGAUUCAAUAAAAACAAUUCAGUCUUUAACUUCAGUUUACAUACAGUUUUAGGUUACAGGCACAUAAAUCUAUUUAUGUAUAUAGGUAUGCAUAAGCGUAUGUACACAUGGUUUAUAAAUUCAAAGGUCAGUCUAUUUGUAAAAACGAAAACAAUACAUUCUAAUUCAUUUAAUUAAUGUUACUUAACAUUACCACAGCUUGUUUACUUAUAAAAUUC